CCUCUAUUUUUCAUUUUCUCCCAAUUUUCCCCUUUUAACUUUCCAACCCCAAAUAAAACAAAGAAGAAAACUUAGAAUCAAACAAAACGACUCAACCAGGCAAAAUCACUCUCCACUUACUCUCUCCAUCUGCUUGCUCCACGGAAAGCUCCGUGUGCAUCAGAACUUUGGGAACUACAAAUGAAUAGCAGACAAAGAAUCCUUGGUGGAGGGGUUCAGCAUGUGUUGGACUAUCUGAGGCGAAUGCAAGCAGAAAGUCCAGGAUUUUUCUAUGCUGUUCAAGAUGAUAAUGGAUGUUCUAAUGGAAACAUUUUUUGGGCUGAUGCAUCUGCCAGAAUGAACUAUCACUACUUUGGGGACAGUAUCAAUUUCGACACUUGCUAUCGAGCUAACUGCUAUAGCGUACCUUUUGCCACCUUCACUGGCUUAAAUCAUCAUGCCCAGCCUGUUCUCUUUGGCUGUGCUUUGCUUUUUAAUGGGUCUGAAACCUCACUUGUCUGGCUCCUCCAAACUUGGCUUCAAGCGAUGUCUGGACAGAAGCCGCCUGUUUCCAUCACAACUGACACUGAUCAUCUCAUACAGAUGGCUGUUACCCAUGUUCUGCCGGAAACGCGCCAUCGUCUUUGUAAAUGGAGCAUACUUCGAGAAACCAAGGAGAAGCUGACCCAUGUAUGUCAAACACAUCCAACCUUUGAAAUUGAAUUUAUCAAGUGCAUUAAUGAAGCAGAGACAAUCGAGGAAUUUGAAUCUCAGUGGAAGGCACUCCUACAAAGAUAUUACCUCCUGGAUAAUGAUUACCUUCAAUCAAUCUAUAGUGCUUCCCGUCAUUGGGUUCCUGUUUUCAUGCGAGACACGUUUUUUGGGGAUUUUUUAAGUGAUGAUGAUGAAGACAAAAACAGUUUCUUCAAUGGGUUUGUGGAUGCUUCUACCUCUAUCCAGUUGUUGAUUAAACACUACGAAAAAGCUCUUACAAUCUGGCAUGAAAAGGAAUUAAAGGCAGAUUUUGACUCUACUAAUACGACACCAGUUCUAAAGACGCCUUCACCUAUGGAAAAACAAGCAGCUAAUCUCUAUACCAGGAAAGUUUUCAUGAAAUUUCAAGAGGAGCUGGUUGAGACCCUUGCGAAUCCUGCAACUAAAAUUGAUGACUCCGGAGCGAUCACAACAUAUCAUGUUGCAAAAUUUGGGGAAGAGCACAAGGCGCACACGGUUAGGUUCAACACAUUUGAGUUGACAGCUAACUGUAGCUGUCUAAUGUUUGAAUUUUCAGGUAUAAUCUGUAGACAUGUUUUAUCUGUGUUCAGAGCCAAAAAUGUUCUUACGCUUCCUUCCCAAUACAUUUUGAAACGUUGGACACGAAAUGCCAAGACUGGUGGUGGGAGCACUAUAGAGGAACAUCGUUUAGAGUUACCUAGCAAUUCUCAAGAGUCUUUAACUAUUCGUCAUAAUAGUUUGCGACAGGAGGCUAUUAAAUUUGUAGAAGAAGGGGCAAAGUCUAUUCAUAGUUAUAAUGUUGCGGUGAAUGCUCUGAAAGAGGCUGCAAAAAAGGUUGCUGCUGCAAAGAAGAAAAACGCUGACAAAACUCUGGUGAACAACAUGGUGAAUGGACGCAAUCAAGGAGUGGAUGAAGGAGACAUUGAUCAAGCAGAUUCAGGUCAAUCCAAGGAAGAGAAGGAACAAAAGAUCCGUGAAUUGACUGCCGAGUUAGAUUGCAUAAAUCAACAAUCUGAAGUUUAUCGUUCCAAUCUGUUAGCAGUUUUGAAAGACAUGGAGGAGCAGAAAUUAAAGCUAUCUGUGAAAGUGCAAAAUGCACGGCUUAGCUUAAAGGAGUGAUUCCUUUCAUUUUCUUGUUUAAAUGCAGGAGAAUGCUUGGUAGUUCUCUCUCACAUUGUGAAUUCAGUUCUCAUUCAGUCAUUGAGGAGACUAUGGAAAAUGGGUCCGUGAGCUCAUACGUGGACUGAUGAAUUAUUAUUUUUAAAGUUUGGACUGAUUGAUAUCUUUUUCAAGUAGUUGGGUUUGAUUGGUAAAUGUAUUUAACUGAACCUACAUUAGAAUUCCAUAAUGGGGAGAGUUAAAUAGUUGUGUAUAUUCUUUUCUAGCUUGUGGAUGUGUGUGGGUGUCAUUGGGUCGCUUUUAGGGACAAGUCUCAGUUCUAGCUUAGAGAUUAUUAAAUAUGUUGUUACAAGUACUGGAGUAUUUGUUCUUUAUCAAAAAACAAAAAGUACUGGAUUUCUUUUGCUGCAGCAGAACUCAUUGGUGCAUUUUAUUCUUUUGGUGGAUAUGAUGGAAGCAAUUACUUGGCGUAAGUUAUGAAAUUGCCUUUUUUUCGGCACCUUCUUUGAACUGUAUGUUUGAAUGAUACUUGACAUUGUGCCUCAUGUCUCCUAUCACUUUUAUAAUUGUUCAUAUCUUCCCCAAGGAAGAGACUGACUUGGUUUUCCAAUCUGUUGCUCUUGUUAUGCACGAAUUUCACAACCGUGUAUGUUUAGAGGCAUUUGUUUUUGGUUAAAGUUUUUCUGCUCUGUUCUCCUAUCUCCUUUCUGAUUAAAUUUUACCACAGGACUGCCGAAAGAUUUGAUCCUAGAGAACAUUCCUGGGCAAAAAUUAGGAGUAUAUGAGCAGAGCAAUGACUGCGUUGGACGGGAAGUUGUUUGUUAUCAUUUUUGUGCUUUUCGAAUGCUACUUUGAAAAGGUUUGCCUUCAUUUUGAUUUUAGUACUUUGCUGAAGACCUUCAAUAGUUUGAACAUUUAUGUUCUCCGUUCCAAUUUUAGCAAAAUCCAUUAGUUCUGAUUCAUGCAAAAAGUUCUGGAACAAAGCUGCUCUAGUCAUGCUUUAGAAAUGCCUCACUAGAAACAUGUUAAUAUCAUUUGUGAUCCAUAGAAACUAGUCCAAGGAUGGAUUUACACGUUCAUGAGACCCCGUGAUAGAAUUAGUGUUUACAAGCGUGUUGAAUAGAAGGAUUAGCUGCUUUCGAGUACUAUUAUCUAUAUUAUGCUUGAUCUAUACUGUAGUUUACUCACUAUAGCAUACAGAACCCAUGUAACUAAGUAUGCACAUAUUUGUAUUAACUGGAACAUUAAUCUUGAUCAAUUUGUAUAUAAUACUUGGUAAUUGUAGGGUUUUGACUAACUUUGAGUUUGAUAUGAGUCUUUCAUAUAUUUAUUGCUUGCACUUUGAUGUUAGAAGUCCAAUUACCAUGGAAUUUCAUCUCCAAAUGUAUUAUAAUAUUUGGAACAAAACCAUUUAAGAGAUGAGUGGUGUAGUUUAUGAAACUAAAUUGACAUUUUAAAGAUGUUUUACCAGGGAAAUUGGUUGUGUUCAUUAAUUACAUUCUAGUAAACUAUAGUUACGUUAAUCUUUACCAAUAUUCAAGCUACUUGCAGAUGAGUGGAAAAAAGGAGAUUUUCAGAGUUGUGUUGUGAUAAUCUCCUUGUGGGAUUACACUGGGUAUGUUGUUGUGAUAAUCUCCAUGUGGGGACUAUUUGUGAUGUCUUCCUUCUCUAACCACUCAAAAACUUAUUGCUUAUGCUUUCAACUUUCAAGAUCAGUCUACCAAAAUCUAUAUCUACCUUAUAUCCAGUAAAUUCAUGAUUUUUUUUUUUUUUUUGUUUUCUCUAGCUCCAGCCUGAUUGUAUAUUUUGACCGUGUGUGAAGUGCAGGAUGGCAUAUCCAGACUCCAUGUGCUAAGUGAAUGUGUUGGUUCUAAACUGCAAGCUUGUUUCUAUGAUUGGGACUCGAUGGUUCUACAAAACAUUUUUUAACAUUGUCCUUUUUAACAGAUCAAGAUUUUUACUAAGGGAAGGAAGUGCAAAGCAAGAAGAAGUUGAAGCACAAAGAGAGACCAACUUCCUGUGUUAUUAGGAGUUUAUUAAAGAUGUUCUUAUUUAUACAUGUUACAAUUCCAUGUUCUCUUUUGUUAUGAGUUGACAAAUAUAAUGUCGUACCAUCUGUAUAAGUAUGUUUUUUGUAAUAUGUGUAGUUCUCUGUAAUUAUCUAUUAAAUUUUAUGUGAAUAUUCAUUAUAUUGUGUGUUUUAGACGUGUUAUUUGAAUGGAAAUGAAAGUAUGGUCGCUAUUUAGUUUGCUA